AACUUAGCUGCUGGCCAUAUGCCGACUGCUGCCGACUUGGAAACGCGUAAGAUGGCGGCGCCCAAUGUUGAUGAUCGACGGAAGGCUCUCAAGGAAACUUUCGAUGUGCUGUUGGAAAUGUCCCAACUGCUCAACACAGGCCUGGACGCACAGUCGCUGGCGCUGUGUGUCCGACUGUGCGAGAGUGGCGCAAACCCCGAAGCUCUGGCCGGCCUCAUCAAGGAGCUACGCGCCCGAACGGCGCCCAACGUCACCACUUGGAGCCUGCGCCCUGAACAUGCCGAGCGGUGACUGAGCAGGUCUUCUCCUUAAGAACGCUGCUGGCCUCCAAGAUUACUCCAGGAGUGGCUGUGGUUACCCCUGCUCGCUACUCUGCAAAUCAAUGAGAACGGCUUUGCGUAGCUGCUUCAAAACUCUGUGGCACCUGUGCGCUUCGGUCACUGAGUCUUUUCGUCAAAGGCAGAAGCACCACACUUCUGGGCCGCCAUGUGUCCGCAAGUGAACCACGAGGAAGCGGCCAGCGGCAUACAAGUUGUUUCUGAAAUGCACUUAAGGCUUUCUCGUGUGCUGUCCAUUCAACAUAGCAUUACGGGAUCAGUGUUACUUUUACUGGGGGUGUCCAGACCUCCCUUCAACUCCAGGUAGCAAAAAUUAAGUCAACAUUGUUACCGAACAGUGGCAUCAUAUGCUGGAAUAUAUGCAACCUGUUUAUUUACCUUCUUAAUUUAUUGUCUGACACAUCUUAGGAUAGUUUGCUUUAAUUUUGGAAACCUUGAACAAUUCACUCACAGCAAUAAAAGAUUGCAAUGCAGUGUCAA